AUGAGCUCCAGAGCACCAGAACAACUACAACCGACGGAGACGCAGGAUGGACUCAACACAGAAGCUGACUCUGUUAUCCGGUAUUCGCGCGAGUUCCUCAUGGCGUGCGCGGAGAGUCCUCUUGUCCAGAGACCAGAGGCUCUUCCUCCUACUAGCGAAUGGUUCGGUGAAAUUGUGAAAGAGGAGCCAGAACUGAACAAUGGUGGCCGCAAGGUGCCAAGCAAAUCAACCAUGCCAGACCGUAUCGUCCUCGGUCCUCCAAAAAUGAGCUUUGCGUCCUCGUCACUGGGAGGAUUGAAGAGGUCGGACGAUGGUCUCUCAGGAUUCAAAAAGUCGUUAGAGGCAAGUCAUGAUCAGGCACAGGCUCUUACUUGGACACCAUGCUACAACAGCUUAAUCGAUCUCGGAAGAGAGCAAUGUGGACUAAUCAUGGACUGGGUCUCUCCUUGGUGA